AUGGAACUUUUAAGAAUAUAUUUAUGCGUUGUUUUCUCUUGUUUACUAUUUAGCUGUUAUGCAAAUGGAGAAUGUGAUGAUGUUAAUGAUUUGAAGGUAAACAACGACGGCAGCAUCACAGACUACUAUACAUAUUACGAUAUCAAUGGAGGUGAUGUCAAAUUUAAACUGGCCAAGAUGCCUUGUGGUACUUCUUCACUUGGAAUUCAUUUGAUACCUAAGAAAGACCGUGCAAUAGCGUUUGAAUGGCGCUCACUUAAUAAUGACAGCUUGAACAAUGAUGUAAUUUUUGCUAAAGUUUUAGAUAAUACUAUAUGCCGACUGCAAGCUAAAAUUCAAGAUUUUAAUAAUGUUAGCUGCGCUAACCCUUCUUUCAGUGGUCAAAUAUGCUAUUCUCGUCGUAAAUGCGAUGAAACUUGCGUUUCAAUUAUUGGAGGUGCUUUUGGAAGUAUUGCUGGAGGUAUUAUAUUAAUUAUGACUGCAGUAAUAUUGGCACAUUGUUGUGGAAGGAAAGGUCCUAGUGAUACUGAAAAUAUUAAGCCACAUAAUGAUAGUUUUAUUUUCGAUGUUGCAAUUAAUGAAAAUGCAAUAACUAAGAAAUUUAUCAUUGUUAAUAAAUCCUGA